GUCUUAUCACAUUUCAUAGUUCUACGGAAAAUAUCGGUAGAAGGAAAGAUCAAGAAUGUUUUUGGAAGGUUGUAUUCAUCGACUCCGAGUUGUAUGUCACUUGAAUCGCAGAUAGUUUCUCCUUCGAAUGGAUCGGUCUGCGUCGUUCACUCGUAAAAUCUUGAAAUCUGCUCAUGCAAUUGUCUUGAGUAUCGUCAUCCUGUAUUGAGAAUCGUCAUCCUGUUGUUCAGCUGGCAUAUCUUUCUGGGCUCUUUGAGGGAAGAACGGGUGGCAGAAGGAAUGACUUUUGAAGCAUUAGAAUCUAGGGAUUGCUGAUGAUAAAGGUGUUUGGGCAAAUCAGAUUCAUGAGCAAUUUUUGAGUGUGUAGGCUCGUUUCAUCUUCCGGCCUCAACAUAGAAAUGAGGACCUGACCACGAAGGACCCGUGUGGGAUUAGGGUCAAGAAUCUGCAGUGAGGAGACAUGGAUAUAGCUGUGCACUGUAAUUCGUGGAGAGAUGGCAGCCUUCAUGCUUGAAUAAAAGGAAGGGUAUCAAGGUGGUGAGGUCUGUCGAUGAUGCGCUGAGGUGAUCACACAUUUCCCACGGAAAGUGUGCUAACGGAGACAUGGGCUCUGUCACGAACUUACUGGCUCUUCUUGUACUAGCUUUACUGGCAGGAGGAGAAGCGAGUGAGGGGCCUGCGCACACGAACAAUUGGGCUGUACUGGUGUGCACUUCUCGAUACUGGUUUAACUACCGACAUAUGGCGAACACUCUUUCUCUUUACCGGACUGUAAAAAGACUAGGGAUACCGGAUGACCAUAUCAUUCUGAUGCUCGCCGAUGACAUGGCCUGCAAUGCCAGGAAUAAAUACCCUGCGCAAGUCUUCAACAACGAGGAUCAUCGACUCAACCUUUACGGUGACAACGUGGAGGUGGAUUACAGAGGCUACGAAGUGACGGUCGAGAAUUUCUUGCGCUUGCUGACGGGGCGACAUGAUGCUGCGGUGCCUCGAUCCAAGCGGCUGAUCAGUGAUGAAAAUAGCAACAUUUUGCUAUACAUGACGGGUCAUGGAGGUGAUCAGUUCUUGAAAUUCCAGGACGCUGAAGAUAUACAGAGCAAUGAUUUGGCUGACGCUUUUGCUCAGAUGUAUGAGAAAAAACGAUACAGGGAGUUGUUGGUCAUGGUGGAUACAUGUCAAGCCGCUACACUCCACUCUCAACUCUACUCCCCUGGGGUGUUCGCAGUUGGCAGCAGCCUCAAGGGCGAAAAUUCGUACUCGCACCAUCUUGAUGCGGAUGUUGGAGUAACUGUGGUGGAUCGAUUCACGUACUACACUCUUCAGUUUUUCGAGAAUCUGGAAAUUUUCUCGAACACUACUCUGCAGAGCCUUCUGCAAACGUAUAAUCCGAAGCUGCUUGAUUCCCACAUAAACUACCGUAGUGACCUUUUCGCUCGGCCUCUUGAUCAGGUUUUGCUCACAGACUUUUUUGGCUCUGUCAUGGAAGUGGAGCACACGAAGUCUUCUACUCAAAUGUAUGCAGAGUUCGUGGAUGUCAACGUGUAUGAGCCUGGUGAAGAUGACAUUGAGCUUUAUAAACCCUCGGUAAAUAUACCUGUGAACGAGGAGACAAUUGCCGACCUGAAACCCUCACCUGAACAGGGAAUCGAAGGAUUAAUUUCGAUUGCAGGAAUGUUUCAAUCUGACUUAAAUAAUUAUGAUCUGCCGGUGGUCAUCGGAGUGUUAGGGCUUGCCUUUGCUGUCAGUUUAGUUUCAAGUAUUUAUCCUUAUUCUCCAUUUAAAAUUUAGCCACCUAGCUCAAGAAGUGCACUGUCGACUAAUUGGCGAUAUCUGGGAAAUUCUAAAAUCAUCACACUCCACCACUUUUUUCUGUACUUUGUACAAAGCAUUCCAGCUCAUGGCACGGUCAAAGCUCGAGGAAAGUAAUCUUUGCUCCACGUUUUGAACUUGUUCUGUUCUUAUAGAAUAAUAUCAGUUUCUGCUGGAGUUUCGAUGUUACAAGCCGUCUACAUCAAAAUGUGAUUUUGGCUUGCCGUGGUCUGUACUUCCAACGCUUCAGGAACCGGAGAAUGGACCAGAGUGUGUGGCAG